CAACAACGGCAAUUAGAGCAACAAAGAUUACUGGAACAGCAGCAGAGACAGCUGGAUAGAAUGCACCAGGAAAGGGAGGCGCAUCGGUUGCAGCAGCAGGAGGAGAUGCUGAGACAAAAGGCGCAGGAAGAGAUGCAACGCAGAAUACAAUACCAGAAGGAGCAGCAGCUGAAGCUACAGAGAGAGGCACAGGAGAGAAUGUUAUUGGAACAACAGAGACUGAAAGAGGAGCAGAGAAAACAGGAGGAGGCAGAGAGGCAGGCCGAAGAGGCGCGUAAACGUGAAGAGGAACGACGAGAACUGGAGAAAGUGUUGGCGAUUCGAGAGGAGCAGAGAAGGAAACAAAAAGAGGCGCUGGAGACGCACACGGCAAUGAAGGAGAAAGCAGACAGCAUACCGAUUAAUAUACACUUGGCAGGGUGCCAUACGCUGACGAAACUGGUAAAUCACCUGCCGUUCCCCACCCCCUUCGUACCGCAUUCAAACCAGCUGAAGGUCAACGUACACCCGGACUAUAACUCCCAACUGGAGAAUACCGAUAUGCAGAUGGCCGUGUUCCUGGCUAAUGCCUUGGCCGAGUGUGAUGUGAAUGACGUGUCGCUGAAGCAUAAAGAGGGUGAAACGAAUGAGAUAGAUACGACGAGUGAGCCGGCAUUGGUAAGGAAUAUACUGGCGCAUAAUCAGAGGGCAUUUGAUGUAGAGCCGGUAAUAGGGUCGGUAAAUGAAGAGCCCUUAAUACCGAUGGAAAUACUCUCAUCGCAUCUGAAAGAGGAAGAUGCAGCGGAGAGGCAUCAUGAGGGUGAGGCUUCAACGUCAUCACAGGAAGGGAAUUGCAGCCGAAUGGAGACUGGUGCAAAUAUUGAUAGUGUGAAGAACGAGGGCGGUGUUAAUGACGAGAAUAUUAAUAAUAGUAAUAGUAAUAUGGAUAAUAAUAGUAAUAGUAAUAGUAUAUUGAAUGAUCAAGAGCAAACGGCGCAAUUGAGAAAGCAAAUCGUGUCGCUAGGCAAGCAACCGAAAGCGCAGCAGGGACGGAAGAAGAAGGAUAUGGUG